AUGUCCUCCAUAUCCUGCUCGCUGCUGCAUCGGCUGUCGAGAUCCUCCGGGAAUCACUCCGUCUUCAAAGUGGACGGUGGCUCGUUUAUCUCAUCAUGGCCCACCACCAGGCGAUACUCUUUCACCAUUUCAAAAUCGAGGGGUGCCCCGGAUGGCUUCCACCGCAUGAUGUACACAAUCAACAACCAAUUCCCAGGCCCAAAGAUCGAGGCCAACCAGGGUGACACUCUCGAGAUCACCGUCACGAACAGGCUUGAUAUUCCUCAGGCGCUUCACUGGCACGGUAUGCGCCAGAUUGGCACAGGCUGGGCCGAUGGUGUGCCAGGCAUCCACCAGUGCCCCAUUCCUCCUGGAGGCACCUUCACCUACAGGUUCAAGCUCGACACUGAAGCCGGUACAUACUGGUACCACUCUCACUACGGAAACACCAUGGGUGAUGGCGUCAGCGGUGCGCUCAUCAUUCACAAGCGCAACAUGCCCAUGCAGGAGGGUCGCGAUUACGACGAGGACCGCAUCGUCUACCUUUCGGACUGGAACGACAAUCAGUCUAUGGUCAUUAUGAAGGCGCUGCAUAACAUGUCCGAGACGUUCCGCGGAUCGCCAUUCAUGGGCCCACCCGACGCGCUGCUUAUCAACGGUGUCGGUCAGACCGACUGCGCCAAGGCUCAGAAGGGGGCUCGUGCCAGCACCAAGAUCCGUCUGCGUCUCAUCAACCAUGGCUCGGAGGCUCUGAUUCGUUACUCGAUCGACCGCCACCCAUUGACAGUCAUUGAAAUCGACGACACCCCUGUCAAACCUGUGGUCAUGAAUGAGGUCAUGCUCUGGCCCGGUCAGCGUAUCUCGGUCAUCAUCACUCUCAACCAGGGCAGGGCCGGUGCGGCUCAUUUCAUGCGCGCCCGCAUGGCGCAGUCGUGCUUCAUCACUGAAGAGGUUCGCGAGACCAAGGCUGUUCUGCAGUACACUGGCCUGUUUGGUCUCUCGUGGGGGACGCAGAAUCCUGUCGACAGGCCAUGGGGCGACCUCAAGGACUCGAAGACUGAGCUGUGUCACGACAUGGACGAGUACCACUCGUUUGAGCCGUCUGUUAUCGAGGAUCCGCCUCAGCAGGCUAAUGGCGUAUCUGUCUUCAACUCGGCUUUUGGCAUCUUCAUCGACUACACUGGCGCCAAGUACAUCGGGUUUGGCAUGAACGACGUCUCGUACACCAACUACAUCAACAACCCGCUUCUGAAGCAGAUUAAGAACGGCGCCGAGCUCAAUCCUCUGCAUGUCGCCGCUCACACGUGGCCCGCUGCUGGCGCCUACGACCUCAUUCUGAACCAGCACGAUCCUGACCCGCUUGCCCACCCUUUCCACCUGCACGGACGCCCGUUCCACAUCCUUGCCCGUGGCUCUGGUGCCAUCUCGGCCGCAGACCUGCAGCACAUCAAGCUCAACACGGUGAACCCGCUGCGCCGUGACACCAUGUCGAUCCCCGGCAGCUCGUACGCGGUGAUCCGCCUGAUCACGGACGACCCUGGCGUGUGGCCCAUUCACUGCCACAUCGGGUGGCACGUGGGCGUGGGCAAGCUGGGAGUGCUUGUCGUGCGUCCCGACGAUAUCCGCCGCCAAACAUUCCCCGGGCCAUGGGAGGGGCUUUGCGCCGGCAAGGAUCCCAACGAGAUCGACUACGUCCGCCGCACGAUCGAUGGCAGCGUCGAUCCCGCGACAGGCCUCGGGCCCGAGGACGACCGCCACGUCGCGGCCGAGAUCGCCAAGCGCCUCCCCUACCACCUCAAGCGCCAGGCAGUGCAGUCGAACGGCACGGACUGGUGGGUCGGCAACACGCCGUACGCUGGCAAGCUGCCCGCUGGCCUCGUGCUGUGA